AGGGACUCGAGUUUACUCGCAACACAUGUGUUGGACGAAUCAGUCGUAGGAGGUGCGAGUGUAAAGUGUCAUCGUGAGCCAGUGUAGUGUCAGCUGUGUACAAGUGUUAGAAACAUUGAAACGAGUUGUGACGGAUUAUUCUGCCGUCAGUACAACACAGAUACUAGGAAAGCUCUGCAGAAAAUGAGUGCAACAUCCUGGGUAACAUUAGCCACAAAUGACUCGUAUGCCUUGGGAGCACUUGUUUUGGGACAUUCUCUCCAGAAUGUUGGCACAAUUCAUCAACUGACAGUCCUUGUCACACAUGGUGUUACAAAACCGAUGAGGGCUCAGUUGUCAACUGUGUUCAACAAUGUGAAAGAAGUAAAUGUUUUGGAUUCUCAGGACAAAGCCAAUUUGGCUUUGUUGGCAAGACCAGAUCUUGGCAUUACAUUCACCAAGCUGCAUUGUUGGCGUUUAACAGAGUUUUCAAAAGCUGUAUUCUUGGAUGCCGAUACUCUGGUUCUAAAGAACUGUGAUGAGCUAUUUGAGAGAGAAGAAUUCUCUGCGGCCCCAGAUGCAGGGUGGCCUGAUUGCUUUAACUCUGGUGUGUUUGUGUUCAAGCCUUCAGAGGAAACGUACCAAUCACUCGUCCAGUUUGCUGUGACACAUGGAAGUUUUGAUGGUGGGGACCAAGGACUUCUCAAUUCAUACUUUUCUGAUUGGUCAACAAAAGACAUUAGUCGCCAUUUGCCUUUCAUUUACAAUAUGGUUUCUUCAGCAUUUUAUUCUUACCUCCCAGCUCUGAAACAGUAUGGUGACAAAGUUAAAAUAGUUCAUUUCAUUGGUACAUGCAAACCCUGGAUGCAGUACUUCGACUCUGAGACAAAGAGAGUAAAAGCUCCGCCCAAUUCCGAACACUUGCAGCCACUUCUUCAGUUAUGGUGGGACAUAUUUUGUAGUCGGGUGCAUUCUGGCCUGAGUACGGACAUGAAACAUCGAAGUUCUUAUGUGGCACCGCUUACUGCACAUUCUACUGCACGUACUGAUGUACAUCCUGCACGUGUAACAGCUGAUACAAACUUUGCAUCCAAUUUCUCUAAUAAACAGAACUCUAAUCUUGCUGAAACUGUGUACAGUAGCCCCGAUGUGAGUAGCUAUUUCACUGAUCCGUGGGAAGAGCACAAUGAAAAAAAAUGUAAUCCAGAGCACUCCAGUGAUGCAAAACAUGUGGAAAGUCAGGAACACUAUAAUAACAAUUGUAUAAAAUCAUUGCCUGCUUUUGCACCUUCAGUUGUGGAAGAUAAAACCAUUAGCAUAGUAUAUGAAACUGAGAAAGGUGAUUCUUCCCCAGAAAGUGAAAUUACAGCUAGUAGUUCAGUUCAUUUAGACAGUGAUAAAGAUUAUGAAGUUAAAAGUACUGAUGCCAUCAAUAAAGCAUUGCACGAUGACAACAUUUAUUGGCAGCAGAAUUUAGAAUGUUCUGAAGAUAGGUCAACAUUAUUACCUGUGGUAGUAGAUUGUAUUAUUGAGGACGAAGUUCGGCAUAACUGUUUUCACCAGUCUGGAACUGGUUCUGAAGAUGUCUCACGGACUGAAAGCACUUCUGAAGACAAGCAUUUGGAUGAGAAUCAAAACAGUGAAUUAAGUGUACCGGUCAUAGAGAACAAAGACAGCAAGCAAGUGUCCCAAUUUCCUAAUACUACACAAGCCUUAAACUUCCCUAAUCCUCUUAACACUGGCCAGAUAAAUGAGGUCCACAGUGAUCAUAAUGUGGACAGUAGUAUAGAGAGUGAAUGUGACUAUAUCAAUACUGGACCUGCAGCAGACAGAGUACAGCAAAUAACAGAAGCUGGCCUUGCUGGAGCAUUUGCACAACUGACACUGGGAGCACCUCGAACAGCAGCUCAAAUCGCAUAUGAUGAACAUGUGCGCCGGCAGGCAUGGGAAGAAGGCAGAUUUGAUUACAUGGGCGCUGAUGCCUUUGACAAUAUAUGGCAGAGGAUAAGUGAAACAUUGGCUACAAAGCCUGAAAGUAAAGAAGAAGAACACCAGGAAGUUGUACCACCAGCACAACAAGAACAACAUGGUCCCCCUGUGCCUCCUGAGACACUGAGCGAAACUUCCACAAUCACUCCAACAGCAGCUGUGACUAGUGCUCAAGCACCAUCAGCUCAGUUUCCACUAAGUGCAGAAAUGGCUGCUGGCUCUCCCCUUGGUGCCACUGUUCCUGCAGUUCCAGGAUCACCAACUCCUGCUAUUCCUACAGUGCCUUCUGUAGCAGAAGCUACCCCCCCUCCAGCAUCACCUAUUCUUCAGGCAGUGAUAGCUCCUGACAAUAAAGACCUUUCCACAAAGGAACCUUUGACAACAACACCAGCAAAAUCACCUUCUGUGGCAAUGGCCCCCCAACCUGAUCUUGCGCCAGUGCAGCAGGUCGAGGAAUUGUCCACUCUUACAUCAACAUCUCCUACAGCUCCGACUGCAGAACCAGUGGGCCCAGAACUCCUUCCUUCAGAGACAAAGCAAACUACAUUGCCAACUCCAGCACAACCAUUGGCAGAAAAGCCACCAGCUGAAGUAAGUGCCACACAAGGAAGCCAGUUUGUUCCUGCAACAGUAGAGCCCACUGUGCAUCCUACAGAACCUCAGCCAACUAUCACUCACCCACAAACUGCUCCACCUGUUCCACCUCCAACAGGUCCCCCAGUUGCCCCUCUACCAGCAUCUGUGAGUGGUGCACCACCCCAAGAUAAAAUACUUUCUUCUACACCACCUGCAGCUUCACCCAUGCCAACAGCUCCAGCUCCAACUCCGCCAGAGCAAGUCAUGACCAAGCAACCUCCAAUGCCAGCAGUUGAAGCAACCCCUGCAGUUGCAACACCACCUCUGACUCCACCUGUUCCUACAGCUCCAACUCUACCAGAGCAAAUCAUGACCAAGCAACCUCCAAUGCCAGCAGCUGAAGCAACCCCUGCACCACCUCUGACUCCACCUGUUCCUACAGCUCCGGCUCCACCACAGCAAGUCAUGGCUCAAAAACCUCCAGCACCGGUGCUUGGAGCAGCCCCUACAGCUGGAACACAACCUCCAGCUUCACCUGUUCCGACAGCUCCAACUCUGCUCGAACAAGUUAUGACUGAGAAACUUCCAGCACCAGUGGUUGGAGCAGCCCCUACAGCCGGAACACAACCUGCAACUUCACCUGUUCCAAAAGCUCCAACUCCAUCGGAGCAAUUCAUAACUCAAAAACCUUCAGCACCAGUGCCUGAAGCAGCCCCUGAAGCAGCAGUCCCUACAGAAGUACCCAAACUUACUGAAAAGUCAUCAGUUCCUGCAGUCCCUCAAGCAGAGACAACAAAGUCUGCCGCUGCACCAGCUGUCCCAGUAGCUGUAAGUCCACAAACUCCAGUGACACCAACUCUGACACAACCUUCCCCAGUAACAUCACCUCCAGCAGCAGGAGCUGUGCCACCAUCAGUUCCUACAGAACCAGUUGUAGGUGCACACAUUCCAUCACCACCAAUUCCACCAACCACAACAACACCCUCUACACCAUUACCAAUUUCUGCUCCAACUGCAGCAGCAGGAAAACCAGCUGAAUUGCCCCCUCUGGCAUCUCCUCCAUCUUCUCCCAUUGAUACGCUGACAAGACCAAUGUCCACUGCUCUGGUAUCUGUGCCAAAAACAAAACAGAAAGCACCAACAAAAACGCCAGAGCCACCAAAACCUCCUAUUCCAAUGCCAGCUCCAGAAUCGCCAUCUGCAGUGCAACCCCCAUCAGCAGCCCCUGUGGUCUCUCCUGUGACAGAGCAGCAGAUUCCAAAACCUGCUACUGCUGCUGCUGCUACUGCUGCUGCUGCUACUACUACUACUGCCACUAGUGCUACCACUACUCCAGAAUUAAAGGGAGCUAAAGCUGAAGAAUCACCUGAGAAAAGUGAAAAGAAAUCUGGAAAACAGCAGACAACAACGAAACAAGAGAAAGACUCAGGUAAUUUAGAAAAGCUACCUACAACUCAGACAGCAGAAACAGACAGCAAGACAACUAAGAAAGUGAAAGACACUGAACAAGGCACAGACAGUCAAGCUGCACAUGAAAAAUCCACUGCCAAAACCACCUCAAAACAGGCAAAGCAGACAAAACCUAAGGCACCAGACACCCCUACAAAGUCUGAAACUGCACCUCUUAAAGCUGGUGAUGUGACAACGCCAACACCAGCCAAACCAGCUGCUGCACCUGCAACUGAAUCUGUAUCACCAGAAGCUGAAGCAGCACCCUCAAUCACGAAACCAAAAACUAAGGUUGUUAAAAAGAUAGCAAAGGAAGCUGCUACAAAAGAAACAAUGCAGCAGGAUUCGUCUUCAAAGACUGUUUCACCUCCCUCAUCUCCUACUGCAAGCUUGGUUCCACAAUCCCCUGAUGUGGGUAAGAUAGCACCAGCUAAGACAUCUGAGAAAGAUCAGUCAGCUGGAAAGGAAGCAGCUUCUGCUAAGGUGGCAACUCCCAAGCCUCAAGUACCUGCUGAGAAAAGUCCGGCAGUUCCAGUGAAGGAAUCAGCUGGAGCAGAAGCAGCUCCACCUGCAGCUACAGCUUCCACAGAGCAGGCAUCACCUGCUCCUGUGCCUCCAAAACGAAAAGCAGCAAAGGCUGCAGCUUCUGGUGAAGGUGCUAGCAAGCCACAACCUAAACCUGCAAAACCUACUUCAAAACCUAAAAAGUAACACAAUAAGACAUUUUCCAUUGCUUAUUUGCACUCAGGAGUUUCUCCUUUUAAGCUGCAUAACAUUUGGCUGGAGUUUUUUAAAAAUAUUUUAUACUCUUUCUUUAUCAGUCUGCCAGUUUGCUUGUUUGUAAUCAAAAUAAGAUGAACUAAUAGGAAAUGUAAUGCUCUACUUACAUGCAUUUUGCACAGCUUUAUCAAAAAUCUUCCAUUGCAUGAUUUAUUUUGGACAAAACACUACAGCUUUUUAAAAUUUAUGCUGUACAUAUUUUACAUUUUCAAUUUUUUAAAACUCUAAUUAAAAGUUUAACUAGCACCCAUUUCAACACAAGAUUAUGUAACAUAGCAACAUUAUCAAACAACAUUCAAAAUUUGUAUACUAAUUUUUAUGAGUAAUAAUUGAAUAUUAAUGUAGAUUAAUUGCAUUUUCAGGUCUGUGCAUAGCCUUGUAAAUUUUCAUAUGUUUAAUGAGUGAACAUUGAACUAAACCUUGGAGUUUGAAUGUAUGUGCCAAACUGAGUGGACCCCAGUGUGUAUCUUUUAUGCUAUUCAGUCCCUUACAUUUUCCAUUCAGAUUUCUUUGUGUAUCAGAACAUUACAUAAAAGGACAAAGUAUGUGAUGUAUAAGAGCCAUAAAAGUAAAAUAAAAGAACAGACAUUAAUAAUAAAAGAAAAAGCUGUUCAUCUUUGAACAGAGAAAACAGGGUUGUAGUUUCAGUUUGUAGUGCUGUCUGCAUAAUAAAUGUUACAAAUUCUGCCUUCUUUGUUAUUUCCUGGUGUAUGAAAAUGUGUUUCAAUUGUAACAGUAUAUUGUAAUUUAAAUGUGAAAUUAAAAAGUGAUGUUCUGUGUU